AUGAAGCUCAAUCUUUUAAACCUGGCCUUCGCUGUCCUGGCUGCGCCAGCCGCUACAAUGCCUGUAGAGCAUAGUACGAAGCCAGGCGAAGUACUUGCCGAUAAAUUUUUGCUUGGCAGCAGCUAUAAACGUGAAGAGCCUUCAAGUAAGGUGGACGUAAAGAGGAACAACGAGGUCGAUGCCGAUGAGUACGAUCUCCGUUCUGCAUGGGCCAAGAGGAACAACGAGGUCGACGCCGACGAGUACGAUCUCCGUUCUGCAUGGGCCAAGAGAAACAACGAGGUCGACGCCGACGAGUACGAUCUGCGUUCCGCAUGGGCCAAGAAGGAUUAG